AUGACCGUGUACCUUUUGGAAGACAGUAGUUAUUUAUAUUUGGAAGAGAAGGAAUCUAACUUUUCGAUUGUAACAAAGUUAUGCUUAGAAAAUCUGUUGGCAAGAAAUAAGUUUACUAGUCAGUAUGUUCUUCCUUGGUGGCAACAGUUGUUUUGGACUAUUACCUUUGGGCUCAUGGUUACCAUAGCAACUUUUGGGAAUAUUAUUGUUAUCUGGAUUGUUAUAGCUCACAGGAGAAUGAGAACAGUAACAAACUAUUUCCUUUUAAAUUUGUCCCUCUCAGAUCUGAUGAUGGCUACUUUUAACUGUAUUUUUAACUUUAUCUUCAUGUUACACAGCCAUUGGCCGUUUGGCUCUGUUUACUGUACUGUAAGCAAUUUCAUUGCUUACCUGACGGUUUCGGUUUCAGUGUUUACCAUUGCAGCUACGAGUAUUGACAGAUUUAUCGCUAUUGUUCACCCUCUUACUCCGCGAAUGCCCAAGAAGGUUGUUUACUUACUUGUAGGGGUAACUUGGAUCAGCGGGACUAUUCUAUCAGUUCCUACCUUGCUCUACUCGACGACUCUGACGUACCGUUAUCCUGAUGGGAGUCUGAGAACUCUAUGUUAUUUGAAUUGGCCAGAUGGACCGGCUGGAAACUCGUACUCAGACUACAAAUACAACCUCUUCUUCUUGGUGAUGACGUAUGUACUACCUAUGUUGACUAUGGCCGCCACCUAUUCAAAGAUGUGCUGCACACUCUGGGGUAAUCAUGGGAUCGGAGUGGAAACAGACAGACAAAAGAAUCUCAUUAGAUCGAAGCAAAAGGUAGUUCGGAUGCUGGUGGUUGUCGUCCUGAUAUUUGCCAUCUGCUGGCUCCCAUAUCAUAUAUUCUUUCUGUACACAUUCCAUUUUCCAAAAGUCCUACAAACCCCUUACAUUCAACAUAUUUACUUAGCUUUCUAUUGGUUGGCUAUGUCCAACUGCAUGUACAACCCUAUUGUCUACUUUGUGAUGAAUAACAAGUUUCGGAUGUAUUUCAAGACAGCUGUGAGCUGUUGUAAAGUGACGAGAAAUAAGGAUCCGGUUUACACUCAGCGUUGGACAAGGGAUGAUCGGCAAGCACGGGCCAUUUUUUUACUGAACAAUUGCUCUCCAACGUCAAGGAUGACUUUUAGUUCCUUAAAAGGUCGACGUGGAUCUAUCCUGGAGCGUCACAAUUCAAUAAGACACACUCACCGAGAAUUUCAUUUCUGA